ACAUUAUACAUGUACCUAGGCUUAAAGCGCAGCUGCAAAGAACGGACCCACGCUUUGACGCAGCCCUGAACCAAUCCCGUCGCAUGCGCAAUAAUCUCCGUUAAUGCCACGAAGGCUUAUGCGAAUUCGACGUUCGACGUGCCAAACAUGCCUCUCCGAUGACUUUGUCGUCCACGUGACCGCAAUGUUUGGCACGUACAUACACAAACAAACCCGUGCACGGUCUAUAUACACGUAUAAUAAAUUGGAACAUAUGUUGAUACGUGUUUGCGUUUUACUGCUGAACGAGUUUCAUCUCCCUUAGACUUGCGACGAAGGGCAUCUCAACGUAUUUCUGCAGACUCAUUUUAAUCUCGAACGUAGAAAUUGUGGAAGAUAUAAACGUUUUUCUAGGAUUUUGUAAGCUUCAACGAGAGAUGGUAACGUCCGAUAGCGACACCGACUUUGAAAGCGCGGACGAGGAGUUGGAUCGUAAUAGGCCUCCCAAGAAGGACAGCCGAGUCACUUAUUGGACAUCGUCGACGGUCGAUUCCGAAUCGGAUGACGAUGCCGAAUACUUUCAACGUCCGCUUUACAAAAGUUCCAAUUGGCAAAGAAGAAAAACCGCGCGAUCGAAUGUGACAACGGGUCAAGAGACACUCGUCAGUGAUAAGGAUGAUAAAAUUGCUGGUAAUGUCAAAGGUGACGACAAUGUACAUAUGGUCAAGUCGAUAGAGACUUUUAAUAACCAAGAGGAUACAUCGCCCAUCGAAUUGAAAAAGUCACUUUGCUUAACUUCAUCGAUAUCGGUAAAGGACAAAAAUGCUCAAUUUAUGGCAGACGACAGUUUGAUUGUAAAAUCAGAUGAUACCAUGUCUAAAAUGGAAGCAAAGGCUGAAAAAACCUCCGAAAUAACGCAACAACGAAACUCGUCUCACCAAUUGGGUACAAAAAAAUUGGCAACCAAAAUUACAAAGGAUAGUAACGAGGAAAGUACAGAGUGUUUGAAUAAAAAAUCUUUACAAUCUACGUGCAAAGAUACAAAAUGUGAAUUGCAGAAAAACAAUCAAUCGACAGAUGACGAGUGUAAACCAACAGGUACAAAUGAUUUGUCAGAAAUGGACAUGCCAGAGGAAUUAAAGUCGAAUAAAAAAUUUAAAGAAGUUUUUCAGCCUGAAGGAUGGGAAGGACUUGAGAAUGACAUCGAAUUGCCGGACGAAUUGAUGGAAGAGAAAUUAGAGCCUGUAUUGGAGAGAUUAUCUGUGGCGAACAAAGAACCGGAAAGUCCUUUAGGAAACUGGAGUAGUUGGGGAAAUUGGGAUGUAACUACGCUACUUAAUACAGCUACAGCAAGUGUUUCUACUCUGACUACUCGUGUGUCUCAAGGACUUACACUUUUGGAAGAUACGAUAGGAAUACAGGAUUCUAGAGAACUGGCAGAGAUAAAACAGGAUGAAACUGCAGUACUCGAUGAUGCAGAUUCAGAAACUCGAGAAAAGGAAAAUCAAUCGUAUAGUACAUUUGGAUUUGGAAAUUUGAUAUCAGGAGUAUCUUCGAUUACAAAAUUGGUUGAAUCUACUGGCAAAGAAUUUACUAGCAAAGUUAUGACAGGUGGUUUAGAUACAUUGGAGGCUAUUGGGAAGAAAACGAUGGAAGUAUUGCAAGAUGGUGAUCCUGGAUUAAAAAAGAAAAGAGCCUUCUUUAUGAACGAACCUGAAAAACCAAAUUUAUCGCAAAUUCUUAGAGAAGCAAAGGAAAAAGCUGAGAUUGAGCAAAAAACAAUCGAGGAACGCCAAUUGGCGAGAAAAGUUCAUUUCGAGAGCCUUUUUGACGAUUAUCAAGGACUUGUUCACUUGGAAGCUCUAGAAAUAUUAUCAAAACAGAGCAGUAUGAAAAUUCAGCAAUAUUUAAUUGAAUUAGACGCAAACGAAUUGACCUCUGUGCAAGAAACGUUGGAAGAGAUUAAACAACUUUGUAAUUUGAAUGACAUAGAUGAUGAAGAUAAUAAAAAUAAUAAAGAUUUAAAGGACAAAUUGGAGAGCGCUUGUCAUGAUCUUGGUGUCGACAUUACUUACGAAAAACUAUAUAAUGUUUGGAUAGAAACGAAAAGUUAUCUUACAUCAUCUUUGACAGAUACGGAUCAAGAAAUCUUUCAGAAUGCUAUAUCAACUCUAGCACAGUUUACAGCAUUUUCCAUAGAAAGAUUUCAUAAAACAGCUGAAUUGCUGUUAAUCAAGGAACGACGCAGUACUGUGAACGAAGCUGACGCUUUGGUGCAACUUACCAAUAUUCUGUCUGAUCAGAUUAACUUAUUAGCCAAUUCAUUUUAUGAUACAUUACGUCAACUUGCUGAGACUGUAGAAAAACCGAAUAAUAUUGAAGCAAAUUUGGAAAGGAUUUCGUCAGAAGCUUGUAACGCAAAUUCAUAUAUUCAAGAUGCCUUCAAACUUCUCAUCCCUAUUCUACAAGUUGGUGCAAUCUGAUAAAAUAUUAUAAAAAUAUAAAGGAAUUUUUUAUAUAUACCUUAUAUUUACCUACAUAGACGAUAUAAUUAAAUAUAUUUUCAAUUAUUGAUUAUAGCGAUUUCACAAAUACUUUCCAUUUUACCCGUUUUAUUUAACAUUUAUAUUCAAAAGAGAGGGACCAAUUUAUUAGCUCAAUAUAUUUACA